AUGGCUCUACAAAUUGAAGACCAAUAUGUCGAGUCACUUUCCUCCAUGGGGCACAAGCUAAGUGUCAAGAAUUUCAUUUGGUCUACAGAAGAAUGGCCAGAAAUUAACCAUGAUGACUUUGCAGAUGCAGAUGACAUCCCUGUCAUAAGUCUCCAAGGGGUUUUGGAUGGGAGGAAAAACCCUAACUAUGACAAGGUUUGCCAAGUCAUGGUGAGGGCUUGUGAGAAAUGGGGGUUCUUCAAGCUAGUGGAUCAUGGGGUUGCUCUGGAGACCAUAGAGAGUUUCAUAGGGAGCUUAAAUGGGCUUUUUGAUCUUCCAAUGGAGCAGAAGUUGAAGGGUGUUAGAUCAGCUAGCUUACCACUGGGUUACUGUGCCACAAAUCCUGAUUAUGGAAAAAAUUUGCCUUGGGCAGAGAUCUUGCAAUUGCUCCAGUCCCCACAACAGGUAGUUGGAUUUGCUACAAAGGUUUUUGGUGAUCAACAUCAGCCAUUUAGCAAUGCCAUGAUUGGCUACUUGAAUGCAUUAGACAAUCUAGGAAUGACCAUUUUCGAGAUGCUAGCUCAUGGACUGGGCCUUCCAGACGACUUUUUUAAAAAGCACUUUGAAGAGAAAGAGGCUACCAUGAUCAGGGUCAACAGAUAUCCACCUUGUCCUCUCCCGGAAAAAUGUCUUGGGCUUGGGAGCCAUUCAGACCCCCAUACCUUAACCAUAUUGCUGCAAGAUGAUGUUGGUGGGCUUCAAGUUCUGAUGAGUGACAACAAAUGGAUUGGUAUCCGCCCUGUUCAAAAUUCUUUCAUCAUCAAUAUUGGUGACACCCUUGAAGCUUGGACUAAUGGGAGGCUGAGGAGUGUAGUGCACAGAGCAGUGGUUAACAAGGAGAAGAAUAGGCUAUCAGCAGCAUAUUUCAUGAGCCCUAGUAAUUCUGCCCUCAUUGAGUGCCCUCCUGAGCUCAUGGACCCAAAAACCAACCCUAAAAAGUAUCAGCCCUUCACUUGGGGAGAAUUCAAAAAGGAACUUUUGGUACAAAAGAGGGUUGUUGGUAAAACUGCUCUAGAAAGAUAUCUAAUAUCUAAAUGA